AUGAGAGUGAAGAAGCAGAAGCGCCACCGCCGGGCAGUGCGAUUUUACACAGUAUGUUUUGGGUUCCGGCAGCCUUACAAGGUCUUAUGCGACGGCACAUUUAUUCACCACUUAAUAGUUAACAAAAUUGCUCCUGCUGAUACAGCUAUCUCUAAUAUUCUUGGUGGCUCUGUCAAGCUCUUCACUACCAGGUGUGUUUUAGCAGAGCUGAAAAGACUUGGGAAACCUUAUGCUGAAUCUCUUGAGGCAGCUAAGCUGCUUAUGAUUGCAAGAGGGUUGCGUUCUGGAGAUUAUUGGAGAAAAAACCCUGACCACUUUUUUGUUGGUUCUCAGGACACUGACAUGCGGAAGAAGUUUCACGAGGUGCCAGGUGUCCCUCUCAUAUAUGGUCUGAGAAAUGCCCUCUUUCUUGAGCCACCAUCAGCAUUUCAGCAGCAGUUUGCCAAAAAUUUAGAAGAAGAACGGUCACAUAUGACUCAGUUUGAAGCUACACUGUUAAAAAAGAGGACCAAGGACUUGCUGGAAAAUCAGGAAGAUGGAGAUUCUUCUGACGAAAAUGGAGAUCCAGAAGAUGAAAAUUUGAAAAUGCAGCCGAAGAGAUAUACUGCAAGAAAGGGAAUGGAUGUCAAGGAUAGACCUCAAUUCAAGAGAAAGAAAGCUAAGGGUCCAAAUCCACUUUCAGUCCAGAAGAAAAAGAGUCGUCAAAACCCAAAUUCCAUGUCAGGGAAGGUUAGUGAAAGUUUAUUUUUGAAUGCUUUUAGACUUUUUGUUGGAUUCUUAUGUUUAGAAUUGAAUCUUGUCCUGUUUAACAUGGAUGGUACUUAUCAUUGUCUAUUGUGUUUGUCACUGUCGAUUGAGAUAAAGAAUAGCACUGCUGGACAUUGUGUUCUCCCUGCCAUUUGA